GGGGCUGCUCCUCCCGCUGGGGUCGCCGCCGCCCGGGCGGGCGCUGGGCACCCACCCCAAGAAGGAGCCGAUGGAGGCGUUGAACACGGCGCAGGGGGCCCGCGACUUCAUCUACAGCCUGCACUCCACCGAGCGGAGCUGCCUGCUGCGGGAGCUGCACCGCUUCGAGUCCAUCGCCAUCGCCCAAGACCCCAUAUCAGCUAGGGGAAGCUGUCAGCAAUAUGGGGAGACCUGGGCACAUCAAGAACCAAAUGGGGCCUGUUCCUCAGCCCAUUCCCAGGCCUACCACCAGAAGGAUGCAGUUCCAUCAACUAAUUGCCCUAGCGCGAAAUAUGACAGGACACACUAUCGGUGGCCUCCGCUAAUGGCAGAGGCUGCAGGGAAAUCCAUCCUUUGCUGCGGCUGCUACGCUGAAGGACGGUCCUCAGAGAAGUUGGAGGUUGCACCACCAUCUCCAGGACAACUGAAACAUGUGUUCUUCCACAAUGCAUUACCUUUUGUAGGGUUUGGAUUUUUGGAUAACGCAAUUAUGAUUGCUGCGGGAACCCAAAUAGAGUUGUCAAUUGGAGUUAUCCUAGGAAUUUCAACUAUGGCAGCUGCUGCUUUGGGAAACCUUGUUUCAGAUUUAGCUGGACUGGGUCUUGCAGGUUAUGUAGAAGCUUUAGCUUCACGACUGGGUCUGUCAAUCCCUGAUCUGACACCCAAACAAGCUGAUAUGUGGCAAACGCGUCUCAGUGCACACUUGGGUAAAGCUAUUGGAGUGACCAUUGGCUGCAUUUUAGGAAUGUUUCCUUUGUUGUUCUUUGGCGAUGAGGAAGAAAAACUGGAAGAAAAAAAUUAACCUUUUUACAAGAAAUAUACAAAUGUAAACUACUGUACCUCAAUUAUUCAAUUAUGCUGUCAAUAUUUAGGAAUUAACAGACAGUAAAAAAUGUAUAGACUUGGGAACAAAACCUUCAGCAUGUCGUUUUAUGGAAACACUAAUUUAUUGUGGCUUUGUUGUGUUCAGUACUUCUUUUUAUAAGGUACCAUCUAACUUUUUAUUUAAAUGUAAAUUUUUGAAGUGUUUUCACUUAUGGCAACUGAUGUUUACCACUUUCCCUUUUGACCUUAUUCUUUAAUGGAUUAUUACUUUAAUAAUCCAUCAUGGAUGACAGUAUCACUCUUGAGUUGCGUAUUGGUUGCUUAACAGUUGUAAUUGCAUGACAAAUUUCACUGCUGUUCAUCAGGUCCUUCAAUGCAGAUUAUUAAGGAGGUCAGUGAUGAGUAAUUUGAAGUCCCUCACUUUGCGAGAUGGCUGGUUGCCCCCUCACCAGCCAUCGUUUUGCACUGCCUUUAGAUUAGAGAUUUCAGUGAUCUACGACAGCCUAGCUUGCAUUUUUUCACAAUUCUAAGUGUCUCUGAAUAGUCUUCUGAGAUGAUCAUUUUAAUGCUUUGACAAGGUAAGUGUUCUAGUAUAGGCUCUUUACCAAGUCCAUUUUUUAGUGGUGUUUUAACACCUUCUGUACUUCUAUAUUCAAUCCUCUUUUUUUCCUUUGUAAACAAUAUUUUGAGAAUGGAGACAUCCUUAAAUUUGUCUUCCUGAGUUUUGGGUGUGGUAUUAAGGAAUUCAGACCAACUGUUUCAAAACCACAAACAACUUUUUUUUAUUGUUCUGCUUAAAAUAAGGUGUGAAUAGUUGAUUGGGUGGAUGAGGCCGGGCAACACUUCAGGGUAUGAGUGCUGGCAUUGCAAGUUUGUAAUGGGUGGUUCAGUUGAAAUAAAGUGUACCAUCAGUCUGGAUUAGAGGACCUGAUUUGCAGAUUAUAACUUUGUAUUUAAGAUUAAGCAUUUGCUACUUUUUUUUUCUGCUGUGAGACAAUUAGUAAAAAAACCCAAACAACAAAAAAAGGAGACUUGAGGCCUUUUUCCUUUUUUGCCUUUUAUUUUUGCUGUCUUACUUGGUGUUUUAUAGAUCUGACAGUGCAGUCACAUGUAGCUGUACUUUUUUUAUAUGGUCAUGAAUAAAUUGAUUACAACUAUCAAAUAUUCAUAAUAUUUCAGGAUCUGACUUGCCAAUAGCAUAAUGCUAAACUGAUAACUGUUGAUGAGAGGAGAGGUUGCUUACCUGUUUCAAUACCAUUUGGAAAGGACACUAAAAAGAGAGGCACAGCCAGGGCACUUUGAAAGUCUUAUUGCUGGAAUUGUUAGCACUUCUGAAACCUAGAAAGAAAUGUUU